UUCAGAAAGACAGGGAGAUAUUAAACAUUCAGUAAACAUUAAGCUGGAGCGCAGUGACAGCUGUCUCGGAUGGACAGAGACAGCAGAUUAGACGCUGUACAGUCUCACCGCGGGCCUGCAAAGACACCGCUUGGACUAACAAAGCAGACAUAAAGGUUUCAGUGUGUGUGUGUGUGUCUGGGGCUCCCAGCAAAAAACAACGGUCCAGACUCCGGAGCGGAACAGACAUUUGGGCGAAGAGGAAGAGAAGGCGUCCUUCUCCAGCCAGAAGCCCAGGGGAGCUCCAGCACGGUGUGACCGCCAACAUGGCGCAUCUGCAGGGCAUCGGCAACCAGGUAACCCCGCUAACUCAGAACACUCAUCUGGAUCCUGAGCAGUAUUUCACCAAACUAGAACGCAUUGGCAAAGGCUCCUUUGGAGAAGUUUACAAAGGAAUUAACAACCACACCAAGGAGGUAGUGGCCAUAAAGAUCAUAGAUCUAGAGGAGGCUGAGGAUGAAAUUGAAGACAUUCAGCAGGAGAUCACAGUUCUCAGCCAGUGCGACAGUCCUUUCGUCACCAAAUACUUUGGCUCCUACCUGAAGGGCACCAAACUAUGGAUCAUCAUGGAGUAUUUGGGUGGUGGCUCUGCUCUGGACAUGCUAAAGCCAGGACCUCUGGAGGAGGCCUACAUUGCCACAAUUCUCAGAGAGAUCCUUAAAGGCCUCGACUACCUCCACUCAGAGAGGAAGAUUCACCGGGACAUUAAAGCUGCAAACGUCUUGCUGUCAGAACACGGGGAGGUAAAGCUGGCUGACUUCGGUGUGGCAGGUCAGCUAACAGACACACAGAUCAAAAGGAACACUUUUGUCGGGACACCGUUCUGGAUGGCUCCUGAAGUCAUUAAACAGUCUGAAUAUGAUUUUAAGGCUGACAUCUGGUCGUUGGGUAUCACAGCCAUCGAGCUGGCUAAAGGAGAACCCCCAAACUCAGACCUGCACCCCAUGAGGGUUCUCUUCCUCAUUCCUAAGAACAACCCACCCACUCUGGAAGGCAACUAUAGCAAGGCCUUUAAGGAGUUUGUGGAAGCAUGUCUUAACAAAGACCCACGAUUUAGACCAACAGCCAAAGAGCUGCUUAAGCAUAAAUUUAUCAGUCGCUACACCAGGAAAACAUCCUACCUAGCAGAGCUUAUUGACCGCUACCGCCGCUGGAAGUCUGAGGGCCAUGGGGACGAGUCCAGCUCUGACGAUUCCGACAUGGAGGGUGAAGGUGUUGAAGCAGAUCAGAGUCCUAUGUGGACGUUCCCACCCACCGUCAGACCCAUUUCUAUAAACAAGCUUCAAAGAGAACAUAACCAUACAGGGAGUACGACAGCAGAUGUAAUUAGACAACCAAAGUCGUCCUCACUCACAACACUGCUAAUGCCUGUCUUUCAAGAGUUAAAAGAAAAGAGACGUGUGACCGGAGGCACAUUAGAAGAGCUGGAAAAUGCCUUUAACCUGGCAGAAGAAUCGAGUCCGGGAAUUUCGGACCAUUUACUUACCCAAGUGAUGGAGAGAGUGUGCAGGUUUACACUUAACGGGAACACGACACCUCCAAAGCGAUGAGAGCUCUCAGAGAAUAGUCUGGAUUAAACCAAAUUGUUGACCCACGGUUCUCCUUGCUGCCUCCUUUCCAACACCAUUUAUAAAAGGCUCGGACCUUUUCUUCAACGCCAUCCAUCUGAUUACUACUGCACAUUAGGGGAUGUGUUCAAUUUCUUUAUAGAAUAUUGAUUACUUUUAAAAAGUCAAGAUCUGUGUAUUGCGGGAUGUGAUAUUAGACAUUACCAUGUUAAUAAACUACAAGGACGCAGCUAUGGAGCCAUUUUGUUUUGUAGAACAGAAACUAAAGACAUAGAAUGCAUUCAUGAAUUAUGAAGACCAUGAAAAAAGACUACAUGUCAAGCUGAGAACCCAGUUAAUACCAGUUUUGCUUUUAUUAGUUAUCAUUUAAAUGUAACGACAUGGAACCGGCUACAGCAACAUGCUACACAAUAAAUAGGAGCAAUGUGCAACGGAUUCAGGAGUAAACUGGGUUGUUUAGCAACCUGGAGAUUUGGUAAAGCUCAUUCUAAGCUUGAAAUGUGACAGAAAAUGUCUGUGUUAUUGAGGGAUAAACAGCUGUAAAAUAUUAUAAAUUCCAGUCUUUGUGAGAAGUAUACAAACGUAAUGAGAACCACACGGAGGUUUAUUAAACCGGCUAAAAGUCCAGAACCUAUGAUAUGUGCAUAAUAUCUGCUUACUUGUAUUGUGAAAAAAAUAAAGAAAAA